UCGAAGCAGCCUGUUGGCCUCGCGCUAUCCGCUCGCAAUUUUCGGGCGUUCGAGAGAUUCUUUCGGUGAAUUUGUGAAGAAAUAAUUCACGGUGUCGGUGUCAAGUAGCGUACUACCGGGCGCCAUCACGAUGAAGAUAUUGGCACCACACGAUGGUCCUGAUAUCGCUCCCGUUGAGACAUCGGGCGGAUUGGAGACUGACACCAUAUGGGUGAUGACCGUUGUCUUGGGCACUAUCUUACUGGCCUUAUGUGUGGGCAUUGCUUGCUGGAUCGUACGCUUCAAGAGCUCCCUCUCUCAUAAGCUGGGAAGCAAGCGUUGCCCGGACAAAGCGCUGGUGUUCCAGCCCCCUCGACGCGCCACCGCCGUCCGCUCCCCGGGUUCUGCCACCCAUUACCUGCGCAAGUCUCCAUCGCCGACCGCUCCUGCGCCACCAGCCGCUACGUCUCCCCCACAGCCACAACCGCCAACCCAGAAUUCCGUCAAAUCCGAGAAGGCGUCCUCUGCAAGCAACAGCCCAAACACCCCGACUGCCCCCACCGAGCCAACUCCGCUGAGCAAGGAGCUUGCCGACGUCCACGCCACUGAAAAGACCAAACCAACCGAACCGGAAACCAAUGAUGGAAGACUCGGCGAUCUACACUUCAAGCUGCGAUACGAGAAUGAGAAGAACGCUCUGGUGGUGUCGGUGGUGUCGUGCCAGAACCUCCCGGGCCGCGAGCCAGCCGGACCAGACCCCUACGUCAAGCUUCAACUGCUCCCCGACAAACAACACAAGGUUAAAACUAGGGUUGUCCGUAAGACCCGUUGCCCAGUUUACGAUGAAGACUUCACCUUCUACGGUAUCGCUCCGCAUCAGAUCGCCGGCAUCACCCUGCACUUCGUGGUCCUCAGUUUUGAUCGAUACUCCCGGGAUGAGAUAAUCGGCGAGGUGGUGUCUCCGCUGUCCAACCUCCAGCUCCAAAGCGGCGAGGCCAUGGCUCUGUGCCGCGAGAUCCAACCGCGGAGCCUCAAGAUGCGGUCGGCCGGUCGCGGCGAGGUGCUGGUGUCGCUGUGCUGGCAGCCGGCGGCGGCGCGCCUCACCGUGGUGCUGCUGAAGGCGCGCAACCUGCCGCGCAUGGACCUCACCGGCCUCGCCGACCCGUACGCACACACUCACACUACACCCGCCGACACGAACCGAUGCAUGCCACAACUUGACUACCGAAACACGAUAUUGAAAUGCCAUCUUUUCCCCUCCGGGCGGAAAGUGGCAACUUUCGUCCCGCUGCGCUAAACAAAUUGCCGCUUUCCGCCUUU